CCUCAAAACAAUACAAUUCAAUGCAGGACGUUGCAGCCCCGUCCACACCUGGUCCCAAUUCGUCACCUCUCUCACCCACACAAACACAAAGUUCGAGCACAUGAUUAUAGACGAUAAUUGUGGCUCUCGAUACCUUCCACCCUCAUCCGAAUUUUACCCCCUGCUUGCGCACUCGAGUCUUGCAGACCUCAGCACCCUCAUACUCUCUCCCGCCCGCAUAACCUCCAUCAUACUCACUGACCCCGACAUCCUCACCCUCACUCGUACAUGCCCCCGUCUCCACAUUCUUGACUUGGGGUCGCAAAAUACUCCCGUGUCCUUGCAUGAUUUGAACGUCCUUGUCAGGCGCUGUCACGAGUUGUGCGAGGUCGCGCUCCGCGUAGAUGCGCGAGUCGGUUCGCUCGGAGAUAAUAAGUAUGCAGAUGACGAUGACGAUGACCAAGGAGGUCUCCGACCUGACAGGUUCUUGAUCAAACUGGAUGUCGGGGACUCGCCUGUCGCGUACGUAGCUUCAUUGUGCUCGUCGCGAGAAUUGAGGCAGUUUAUGCUAAUCUCGCGGUUCCUGCAUGCGAUGGCGCCAAGGCUUAAGAGCGUCAAGGAUGAGGUGUGGACCCAUCCGCUUAAUAAUCCAUGGCGGGUGGUUACUGCAAUCGCAAAAACAUAGCGCACGAGUCUCAAACUACACACUCGUGUUAUGUAACAGCAGGCAGGACCGACCUUUUUGCCUCCUGCUCAGCAUCAUACUGCAAGAUCAUGGCAAGAAUUUAUGAGCUUUGCGCAUCUAAGAAUGAGAGUCGCCGAUGGCAAUCAAACGCUGAAGAGACGGAUCCCGUGAAACCUGCUGUCUCGCUUGGAUGAGUGCCGCCAAAGUUGGAGUGGAAGAGAAGAUAUAAAUGAUGGUUGUUCGUCUCGUAGGGUCCCGCUGCAUGUAGAGGAAGCAACGUGAACUCAGCGGACCAGCGAU